UGGUGUUUUUACCGUUUUCAAUUAAUGCACGUGGCAUCAAACGCGCAGAAAAUUCACCAGGCGCAUUCUAAGGAUUUUACGCCUAUAAUUUGAAUUCCUAUUUUGCCAUAUUCUAUAGGCGCGAAUCUAUUCUCAUUCUAUAUUCAAAGUGCGCCAAUGAAAUAUUUUAGUACAAUGCUUUGUGCGACCCCUUGAUGAUAGUGUGGUUUGUUUUUGUUUGGAAUGAAAUACUUGCUUCGUUUUGAAAUGUGUCCGUUCAUUGAUUCUACUUUAUAAAAAUAAUAUCGAAUUUGUUUUUAAAUUUCCGCUGAUAAUUUCAGAAUGGUUCGUGUAAAAAACAGAUAUAUCUUGGUCCAGUUUAUGUGCAACAACCGAUCGGAAACCGAAGCUUUAUCACUUACCUCCAACCAUUUGGCUAGCUUUCUCCGGGAAAAGAUUGAAAAAUAUUACGGCGAAUUUGGCAUUGCCAGUACCGUUCGAUUGCACGUAAUAUAUUUCAACGAGAAGACACGUCUAUGCAUCAUCCAGACUCGUCACGGACCGCACCGUUUUGUUACCAGUAUUUUGCCUCUGUUGACUGUGGCCGAUACGGAGACGGUACGAUACAGAACACUUUAUGUGGGGGCUACACUUCAGCAGUGUCAAAAGUUUAUUGCUCGAUACCAACAGGAAUACGUUAAUAGGAGGAUCGGUAGCUGCAACGGUCAAGCACAAAAGGAUCGUUUUAUUGAGGAAGUGACCAAAAUGAAACAAAUCUAGUACUUUUUCUAUGGGAUUAUUAAAUUCAGGUCAAAUAA